AUGAGUAACGAUCUGCGUGAAUUAGAGAAGCAGGAUAGAAACAUCCGUAAGACGUUGGAAGGGAUGUUGUAUUUCGUCGAACAUUACAAUCCCGAACAAGCUGACCAGGUGGCGAUCCGUAUGCAGAGGUUAGAGGAAGUAUUUCAAGAAUUUCAUGCUACCCGUCGUAAAAUAGAGCUGCUGACUGAUGACGUUUUUGGUGAAGGAGAACCUGAUUCAAAGGAGUCUGAGAAGCAACGAACCGCCCGUAUUGCCGUUCUAAAAGAAGAAAGGGAGGAAGCAAAUGUGAAGAUCGUGAUGCAAAUUGAAGCCAUCUACUACAAGCUUAAGGCAGCAUUUACACGACUCCUACCCAAGCCUAAUCCUGUUGAUAUUAUGCCUAGUUCCCAUCCUGUGAGAGAAGUGGUUCCAGCAGGCGUCUCAAGAGUAAAGUUGCCCGAAAUACGUUUGCCAAGUUUUAACGGACAGCUUAAAGAUUGGGUCACCUUUCGUGAUACUUUCCGUAGCCUGAUUGAUGAGAAUCAACAAUUAUCAGCUAUGGAUAAAUUCACAUACCUUAGAUCUGCGUUGACUGGAGAAGCACUCCAAGAAAUUAACUCAGUGGAAAUAACCGAAGCAAAUUACGAAGUGGUCUGGAUUACACUGGAGCGGAAGUAUGAAAAUAAAAAAUUAAUAGUGAAGACUCAUUUGGAUUCGCUAUUUUCAGUUGAGGUGAUGAGAAAGGAGAGCUACGAGUCUCUUAGCAAGUUGAUCGGCGAGUUUGAGAAGAACCUGUUGAUGCUGGACAAAAUAGGAGAAAAAACGGCAAACUGGAGUACCAUCCUGGUGUACAUGAUCUGUUCACGCUUGGAUCCGAUUACACUUAGACACUGGGAAUCCCACCAUAAUUCGAAGGCGGUUCCAACAUACUCAAAUUUAAUUGAUUUUCUGCGCGGGCACUGCUCUGUAUUGCAAUCUGUUACGGCGAGUAAAGCCACUACAUUUCUGGAGAAACGGACCAAGUUGAGUGUGAGUAAUGCUGCAGUUCACUCGUGGAAUAAGUGCACCUUUUGUGGGGAAGCGUUUUAUUCUGCAUUCCGUUGUUUCAAGUUUCUGAAGAUGAAGGUAUCAGAAAGACUCGAUGUAGUUCGGCGGAGUAAAUUAUGCCUCAACUGUCUAUCUGCCGGACAUCAAGCGAAGUCAUGUGGCAAAGGUUCCUGCCACCAUUGCCAACAGAAACAUCACCCACUCUUGCACAUUGAGCCGAUUCACCAAUCAUCUCUCACCAACAAAUCCUCCGUCCCGUCGCAGAAAAAACCAUUAAUGACAAACCAGCAGCAACUACAUACACAAUUACACAAUCAAAGCCAACACGUACACCUUCCAACCAUGCCACCCACAACAAGUGCUCUCCCGGUUGCUCACUCAUCUAACACUCAGCCACUGUCCACCACACAAGCUCAACCCACUACAAAUCAAAACACAGUUUCAUUGUCAGUAAGUUCUAAAAAGAGUACUGGAGAUGUCCUUCUCUCCACAGCCGUGAUCUGUGUUAAAGACCAGUACGGGGUAACACGACUAGCUCGAGCUCUGCUAGAUUCGUGCUCACAAUUUUGUUUCAUGACCACCAACUUUAGUCAAAAAUUGAAACUGCACGGACAUUCUGAUUACCUAGCUGUUCAAGGAAUAGGCGGCGCUAAAUCCAUAUCCCGAAGACGGGUAAGCGCUUGUGUCCUUCCCCGGUUCGAGACGAUUUCAUCCUACAGUAAACACAUGUCAUUCUACGUACUUCCGGAGCUGACAGCCACAUUACCAGCUCAAAGAGUCAGCAUCGAUCAAUGGAAAUUCCCAUCCAAGAUAGUGUUGGCCGAUCCCCAUUUCUGUGAACCAGGGAAAAUCGAUAUCAUUAUCGGUGCCGAAUAUUUCUUCGAUCUUCUCGUCGAUGGGCGCAGCAUUUGUGAAGAAGGCCCCACUCUGCAAAACACUGUAUUCGGGUGGAUAGUGUCAGGACGUAUCUCAACCCAGUCGACUAAUCCACCACAAGCAGUUUCAUUCUCGUGUACUCUGGCGGACAUCCAUGACCAGUUGGCGAGAUUUUGGGAGGUAGAGUCCUGCAAGUCGAAUAGCACACAAUCAGUGGAAGAAUCCACAUGUGAAACGAUCUUCGAUCAGACGACAACUCGAAAUUGCGAGGGAAGAUUUAUAGUAUCGUUGCCAAAAAAGGAAUUCGUCCUGCAGCAGCUUGGAGAGUGUGAAACUAUUGCUGCCAAACGCUUCCUAGCCUUGGAACGACGAUUGGAAGCCAACCCCGAACUAAAGGCGCAAUAUCAUAAAUUUAUCCACGAAUACGAGCAACUCGGCCACAUGAAGUUGGUGACCGAGAAGGAUCCAGAAUUUCCCAUAUACUUUCUUCCGCAUCACGCAGUAUUAAAGCCGGAUAGUACGACCACUAAACUGCGUGUAGUUUUCGAUGCAUCCUGUAAGACAUCUACGGGUGUCUCAUUAAACGAUGCCCUGAUGGUCGGUCCAAUUGUACAGGAUGAUCUUCUGUCGAUUCAGUUACGUUUUCGUCUCCACCGAAUAGCCAUCGUUGGUGACGUGGAGAAAAUGUACCGGAUGAUACAGGUGUGUCCGUCAGAUCAACGACUUCAAUGCGUUCUGUGGAGAACUUCUCCGACCGAGAAAAUUCGCCCCUACCAGCUGACUACCGUGACAUAUGGUACCGCAUGUGCGCCGUACUUGGCAACCAAGUGUCUACAGCGUCUGUCAGACCUAGAAGCAAAAAGGUAUCCUGUUGCGGCGAGAGUGCUAAGGAAUGAUUUCUAUGUCGACGACAUGUUGACUGGAGCCAACGAUAUUGACUCUGCAAUUAAAUUAUCCGAAGAGAUGAUCGAGCUCACUUCCUCCGGUGGCUUCAAUUUGAGAAAAUGGAAUUCCAACUCUAGUGAGCUGUUGAACCAAUUACCUGUUGAUCUUGUUGACAGACGACCGGCUCGAGAGCUUGAUUCGUCGAGCGGUCCAGUGAAAACACUCGGGUUACUCUGGGACACUUCUUCCGAUUGUUUCCUCUUCCAUUCACCUGUAUGGAAUGCGCACGUAGUGUUAACCAAACGUAUUGUACUAGCGGACACAGCUCGGCUGUUCGAUCCUCUCGGCCUGGUAGGGCCAGUUGUAGUUCUUGCAAAAAUCUUUAUGCAGGAGUUGUGGAAGCAGAAGUGCGACUGGGACGAGCCGUUACCCGAAUCAUUACAGAAUUUCUGGCUGGAAUACAGACGAAAUCUUUCUGCUCUCUCGUCUUUAUCAAUUCCCCGUUGGCUGGGAUGCUGUACGGAGCUAACUUCUGUUCAAAUACAUGGGUUCUGUGAUGCCUCCAACAAGGCAUAUGGAGCGUGCCUAUAUCUUCGUAGUACCACGUUCAGUGGUGCAGUAGAAGUUCGCCUGAUUGCGGCAAAAUCUAAGGUUGCACCACUAGAAGAUCCCAAACGAAAGAAAAGAGCACAGACUAUACCUCGACUGGAACUCUGCGGAGCCCAAAUGCUCUGUCAUCUGUAUGAGAAGUUUAUUGCCAGCGUCUCGAUUCAGCACACAGCUCAUUUUUGGACUGACUCCACAAUCGUGAUAUAUUGGUUGUCGUCACUGCCAUCACGAUGGCAGGCGUUCGUAGCUAACCGUGUUUCCGAAAUCCAACACGCCACGAAAGGAUGCACUUGGAACCACGUAGCCGGUGAAGAUAAUCCUGCUGAUAUCAUUUCCCGUGGGAUGACUCCAGCUCAGCUGCAGUACGAAAAGUUGUGGUUCGAGGGCCCUCUGUGGCUUCGUCAUGAAAUGAGUACCUGGCCAUCGAAACUUCCAGAAGAGGAAAUAGAUCCUACAUUUCUAGAGGAAAAGAAAGUAGUUGCGCUACCAGUAACGCCUGAAUCUCCAAACGAAUUGUUUAGCCUCCGUUCAUCUCUGUUCAGCUUAGUAAGAUUGGUCGCAGCUCUACGUCGGUUCGUGCAUAACGUGAGGCAAAGACAUAAACGUCUCGCAGGGUUCCUGACACAUCCUGAGCAUGAGCAAGCGUUAAAAUUCUUGACUCAUCUAGCACAGCGAGAAUCGUUUCCAGCUGAAAUAUCGACGUUAAGCAAAAAGAAUUCCAUUAGUCCAUCCUCGUCGUUAAGUAACUUAAAUCCAAUACUUGUCGACGGUAUACUAUGCGUAGGAGGUCGCCUUGCCAAGGCACCGGUAUCGGAGAAUCGGAAGCAUCCGAUGAUUUUAAGCCACCAUCAUCCAUUGGCGAGGCUGGUCCUGCAACAUUACCACAGCAAACAUUUUCACUGUGGACAACAGCUCCUCGUGUCCACUGUACGUGAAAGAUUUUGGAUUACAAGAAUCAGAAGCCUUGCCAACUCAGUCAUACACGAAUGUGUCCGUUGCUUUCGAAGCAAGCCAAAGGUAUUGGAGCAGCUUAUGGCUGACCUGCCAUCAGAACGAGUUUCCCCGGCACCUCCAUUCCUAAGGGUAGGCGUGGACUACUGUGGGCCGUUCCUAAUUAAGUACCCUGUUCGUCGAUCAGUCGCCACGAAGCAGUUCGUCGCCAUUUUCGUCUGCCUUGUUACCAAGGCUGUGCACCUCGAACUCGCAAGUGAUCUAAGCAGCGAAGCAUUUAUGGCCGCCCUUAAACGAUUCGUAGCUCGUAGAGGCAAACCGGCGCUGAUAAUGUGUGACAAUGCCACAAACUUUGUAGGGGCCAAGCGACAAUUAGACGAAUUGCGGCAAUUAUUCAUCGAACAAACCUUCCAAAAUUCAGUGACUUGUGGAGCAAACGAGGAAGGCAUCGAAUUUCGCUUUAUUCCGGCAAGAUCGCCCAACUUUGGGGGUCUAUGGGAGGCCGCAGUAAAGUCCUUCAAGGGACACUUCAAGCGUGCCAUCGGCGAAAGAAUACUCCAGUACGACGAGAUGACCACGGUGUUGUCGCAAAUCGAAGCGAUCCUGAAUUCACGCCCACUCACACCUAUCAGUAACGAUCCUACGGAUUUCGAUGCGUUGACCCCUGGACAUUUUUUAAUCCAACGACCAUUAACAGCGAUUCCUGAACCGUCGUUAGAAACCGUUCAGACAAAUCGUCUUUCGAUGUGGCAGCAAGCGCAAGACUACGUUCGGCAAGUCUGGAACAAGUGGUCGACGCAAUAUCUCUCCGAUCUCCAUAAUCGAACCAAGUGGACCCGCAAGCGUGAUAAUGUUUUCAUCGGAACACUGGUUCUCCUUAAAGAGGAUAGACUGCCCCCAUUAAAAUGGAAACUGGGUCGUGUCAUCGAUAUCCAUGCCGGAUCAGAUGGCAAUAUACGUGUCGUCACUAUAAAGGCACAAGACGGUCAGUACCAAAGGGCAAUAUCGAAGGUAUGUGUCCUUCCUAUACGCGAUAAUCUACAGUCAGAGCAGAAUUGA